UUAUAGCUAUUUUCAGAUUUGUAGUUCUCUUUGAUAAUACAAAGAGAUAACAUUUUGUCUCUGAAUUUCUUUGGUUUUGUUCAUUAAGUUUUUGAAUUAUAUGAAUCAAUUGUGAAACUUUCCCUUUCCUACAGGAUAAUUCAGACUUGACAACUCAUAUCUCAAGCUUCAUCUCUCUACUGCUCGGUAAUGGCUUCUGCUGCUGCUUCUUCUUCUUCUUCUCAAACGCGCUAUGAUGUGUUCCUCAGCUUCAGAGGAGAAGACACCCGCAAUAACUUCACUGCCCAUCUCUAUCACGCCUUGUGCCAGAAAGGAAUCAACACUUUCAUCGAUGAUGACAAGCUCGAGAGAGGCCAAGUCAUAUCUCCUGCCCUGGUUGCAGCUAUCGAAAACUCCAUGUUUUCAAUAGUUGUUUUGUCGAAAAAUUAUGCAUUCUCUAGAUGGUGUUUACAGGAAUUGGUGAAGAUAGUAGAGUGCAUGAAAAGCAGGAGACAGAGGGUUGUCCCAAUUUUCUACAAUGUGGAUCCCUCGGAUGUGAGAAGACAGAGGGCAUAUUUGGAGAAG